CCGGUUUUCCAUUGAUGUGAUUACUCGAAUAGAAGUUUGUGAUGGAAGUUUUAGAGCCCUCUGGGAAACGAACAUAUGACAUUUGUACCGCUGGUGUCUAAAUCGACGGACGGUUUUGUCUCAAUGCAUCUAUUCUACAUGGAAUGGACGUAUAUAUGUGUCGUGUAUUUGUGUCGAACAAAUUAAAUGAAGACAAACGGUAGGUCGUGAUAAAUGCGGCUCCGAACUAGAACUCGGAUCUCGUGUCGGAAGUUGACGGACUCGCGAAGCUGACGAAAACUGCUCCAGUCGACUGUGGACGCGCGUGACAGAUACCUUCUUCUCUUCGGUAACAACGAGCAUCACAAUAUCUUUAGUUCACCUCGAUUUUCUAUACACCAACUUUGAUCUUUCAAGAUGGCACAUCUACGACGCCCAACGAAACGGGAGCAUUACAAGCCUUUCGGACGAAGAAGGGGCUCGGCGGACUCAAACUACUCCCAGCCGAGCUCGGAUCUUUCGCUGGACGAGGAGAAAGAGAGUUUGCGACGCGAGAAGGAGAGGCAGGCCCUCAAUCAACUUGAAAAAGCCAGAUCGAAGCCAGUAGCAUUUGCAGUGCGGACUAACGUGAGCUACGAUGGAUCCGUCGACGAUGACUCACCUGUGCAUGGAUCAGCCGUCAGCUUUAACGUUCGUGACUUUCUUCACAUUAAGGAGAAGUACGAUAAUAACUGGUGGAUUGGUAGGCUCGUGAAAGAACAUUGCGAUGUGGGAUUCAUCCCAUCACCUGUGAAGCUAGAGGCCUUAAGAUUGCAGGCGACCGCCGCGCGUGGUACGAAAGGACUCUACUCGACGCGAGGAGGGUCUUCAGGGAACCUAGGCGAGAGUGGUAUGCCCUCACGUGGUUCCACACCACCUACGCCAGGUGAUGACAGCGACAGUGUCGGAAACGUACGACCUGGCAAGUCUACCCUGACAACCCCACCCGCUAAGGAGAAGCGAAAGAACUUCUUCAAGAAGCCGGAGACGACAACCCCUUAUGAUGUAGUACCUUCCAUGAGGCCCGUAGUGCUGGUAGGACCAUCGCUCAAAGGUUACCAAGUGACGGAUAUGAUGCAGAAGGCACUCUUCGAUUUUCUUAAACAUCGUUUCGAGGGAAGAAUCAUUAUCACACGAGUAAUGGCGGAUAUAUCGUUAGCAAAAAGAUCCUUGCUGAACAAUCCAACUAAAAGAGCGAUCAUGGAGCGGACGUCCAGCAGGAGCAGUUGUUUAGCAGAAGUUCAACAAGAGAUCGAAAGAAUUUUUGAACUUGCCAGAACGCUACAGCUAGUCGUAUUGGAUUGCGACACAAUAAAUCAUCCGUCGCAGUUGAUGAAGACUAGCUUAGCACCCACAGUCGUUUACCUAAAGAUUUCUUCACCAAAAGUUCUGCAAAGAUUGAUCAAGACUCGAGGAAAAUCCCAGAUACGUCAUCUUAAUGUACAAAUGGUGGCUGCCGAAAAGCUAGCACAGUGUCCGGUGGAGAUGUUCGAUGUUGUCCUAGACGAAAAUCAAUUAGAGGAUGCGUGCGAACAUGUCGCCGAGUAUCUUGAAACUUACUGGAGGGCGACGCAUCCUCCAGAUAUUUCCACGAUACCUCGCGCCGUGACAGCACCUGAUGUAUCAACGGAUACGUAUCCUCAACGUGUGCCAUCAGGUGCCUCUCAUGAAACUUACUAUCAUCGAAGAGGAGCCAGAGAUGAGUCAGCGAGGAGAUCACGAAUGGAUCGGAUGGAUCGUAGCGAACGCGUGGAUCACGAGUAUGGCGAAGAAGAACAUAGCAUCGAUUAUGGCAGUACUUUAAGACGUCGCAAACAGCACGACUCGAGUCUUAAUGCUAUUUAGGAGCUGGGGCCCCGGGGCCUGUCGCUUCAGCGCUGUCCCCAUCUGCGCACCACCGCCCUUUAGCGGGCUCGCCUCCCGGUAACGCUACCGAACGCUAGGAAGUGCGCAACGCUACCUCGCGAUAAGAUCGCUGCGCUCUGUUAGUGGGGCUGUUUCCUGUCGCGUUACUCUACGCCAGCGAUCGGCAUCAGAUGCAACUUUCAGCCAGAUUUUCGUGUCGACGCCCACUACCCUUCUGAGGAACUUCAAAUACGCUACCACUCGCCAGCAGCGUGCACGUUAAUUCCGGAAAACAAUUUGCGCUUGCAUUCUUAUUCGCGCUGCCAACAAAAGAAUAUAAAUUGAAAUGAGUUCUAGCCGAUUCGAAGUAAUCUUCCGGUGUCCUUGUCCAUCGCAGUAUAAGCAGGACAAAUUCCUCAUUCGCGGAAUCAGCUCAACAACACUAGUAGACGCGCGAGACAAUCGCGUGGGACGAGGAGACCAAGAUAGAAAGUGACUCUCGAAAUAGAGUAAAAAGAGCCCUGGGGCCUUAAUCCUUGCACCAACUCCUCCCGGGCCCCAAAACCAAGUCUUUAUGUCGAAUCGGCGAUCGACGAUCGACGCGGUACCGAGUAUUUCUUAUGAAACAGAGAUCUGACUUCUCUCAUAGAAUUUAAUUCUAAGAAAUGAUAAUGACCAUUAUAAUUCCAAUUGAAGAAAAUUAAUGAUUAUCUAGAGAAAUAAUCUAUGAUCGAUCGGACAGCUAAUUUUAUUAAUAGGUAAAUCAGUUAAUAAUUAAGAUAAAAAAAAAGCUUUAAUAAAAUUUCACACAGCUGAUUAUAGAUAUAUUAAUUUGAUCGUCGAUCGUGAUAGCGCCAAUGUAGUUACCGUAAUUUUAUGAUCGCUGAAAAGCGAUUUGCGAUGAACACAGCUCGGAGUAAUGAAUUGUGAAUUUGAUCGUGGAAAUUGAAACCCAUCGUCGAUCGCGGCGGCAGACGUAGCUGAAGCGAUUUUAACGAUCGACGUAGUGACACUUACUAUCAAAUUAGACAAACUAAUGUAGAAGCAAAAAUUUUCUGGCGUUGUUUUUGAUUUGCAAGACAACAGGUUUGAAAUUAGGAGAAGUUAUUGGUGCGCUGAUAUUACGAAAGUUUUCGAUUUUGAUUACGCGCGUCAACGACUUAGUGCGUCGCUUUAUGAUGCGUUUAUACAUUUUGCUAAAGCUAUGCGAAAGUAUACGUAAUACACAUACAUACAUUGCACAUCAAUGAAAACGA